AUGGCCCCCGGGACCCCGAGGCCCCCUUCCCAGCCAUUGUGCCUGGGAGAUGGGCGUCCUGUACUGCUGCCUGACUGUCUUCUGUCCUACGUGCAGCCCGGGGUGGUGGGCUUGGUAGGAGCUUUGGGCCACAGGCUUAAGUCAAAGAGCCUGUCAGCCCGAUUUCCUACCUCUGGAGCCAUCCAGGGGUCCCUGGUCAGGAGCACCUGCAGUCACGAGGAACUGGAGGGGUCAAUAACAUUCAAGGAUGUGGCUGUGGACUUCACCCAGGAGGAGUGGUGCCUGUUGGACCAUUCUCAGAAAGAGCUGUACAGGGAGGUCGUGCUGGAGAAUGUGCAGAAUCUACUCUUUGUGGAAGCAGAGACUAAUUUUGAAGCGGAGAUGUCUACAAUGCUGAGCCUAUUUGUGGAGGAAUCUGGUCCUCUACGAGGCAUGAAUAAGGGUCCCUGUGACUUCAUUUUGAAAGAAAUCUGUGACUCUAAAAUCAAGGAAAAUAAAAAUCCAAAGAGAGACUAUGAAUUUAAUGAAGUCGCAGAGAAAUUCAGCCAACAUUCAGUCCUAAAUCCGUAUAUGAAAUUGAUCUCAGGUAAUGACUGUUAUGUGGAUAGUGAAUACACCAAAUGCUUUCCUGAAAAAGUAGGAUUUAAUCAGUCACAUGAGAAACCUCCUGAAUUGAACCUGUAUCAAGAUAACCAAGGGAGCCUUGCCUAUGCCUCAAGUUUAGACCUUAUAGGACAUCCAAAAAUUAAACAUGUAGAGAUGCUUUCUGUGAGUAAUAAAAGUGCGAGACCUUUCAGUCAGAACUCAUAUCAAAUAAUCUACUCAGGAGAGAGACCUUAUCAAUGUAAAGAAUGUGGGAAGGCUUUCACACAGAGGGGUAAUCUUGUUAGACAUCAGAGAAUCCAUACUGGUGAGAAACCUUAUGAAUGUACAGAGUGUGGAAAAGCUUUCACAGAGAGGGGUAAGCUUGCUGCACAUCAGAGAAUCCACACAGGAGAGAAACCUUAUGAAUGUACACAGUGUGGAAAGGCUUUCACACAGAGGGGUAAUCUUGAUAAGCAUCAGAGAAUCCACUCUGGAGAGAAACCUUAUGAAUGUAUGGAAUGUGGAAAGUCUUUCACAUGGAGGGGAGAUCUUGCUGCACAUCAGAGAAUUCACACUGGAGAGAAACCUUAUGAAUGUACACAGUGUGGAAAGCCUUUCACAUGGAGGGGCCAUCUUGCUGCACAUCAGAGAAUCCACAGUGGAGAGAAACCUUAUGAAUGUUCACAGUGUGGAAAGCCUUUCACACAGAGGGGUCAUCUUGCUGCACAUCAGUGGAUCCACACUGGAGAGAAACCUUAUGAAUGUACACAAUGUGGAAAGGCUUUCAUACACAGAGCAAGUCUUGCUGCACAUCAUAGAAUCCACUCUGGAGAGAAACCUUAUGAAUGUACACAGUGUGGAAAGACUUUCACAGUGAGGAGUAGUCUUGUUAAACAUCAGAGAAUCCACACUGGAGAGAAACCUUAUGAAUGUACACAAUGUGGAAAGGCUUUCACAGAGAGUAGCUCUCUUGCUGCACAUCAGAGAAUCCACACUGGAAAAAAACCUUAUGAAUGUAUACAAUGUGGGAAACCUUUCACACAGAGUAGCUCUCUUGCUACACAUCAGAGAAUCCACACUGGAGAGAAACCUUAUGAAUGUACACAGUGUGGAAAGGCUUUCACACGGAGGGGCUAUCUUGCUGCCCAUCAGAGAAUCCACAACGGAGAGAAAUCUUAUGAAUGUAAUAAAUUCGGAUAGCCUAUCUCAUAAUGCUCCACUGUUGCUUCAUGUCAGAAAAUCCCCAUUGGAAUAAAACCUCAUGAGUGAAGCUGAGCUUAUAGUUUCCACUCUUACAUUAUUCAACAUAAGAAUCCACACUACAGAGAAACUUUAGGAAUAUGAUGAAUGUGGCAAGGCCUUCAGGCAACAAUCAUCUCUUAUUCUCAAGCAAGAAUUCCUUUUGGAUAGAAAUCUUAUUCCUGUCAUUAAUGAAGAAAGACAUUGAAAUGGAGAAUCCAGAGCUCUUUCAAUACUAGAAAAUAUCUUCUGAAGAGAUCAGUUCCAGAUGUAUUCCAGAUGUAGGAAGGCUUUCAGCAAGGGAUAAUCUCUUAUUUCACGUCAGAGGAUUUAUAGUGCAACAAAACAUAAUGACUAUGUUCAGGUUUAUGUGUUUCCUCAAGAGGAGGGUGAUCACUCAUUUGGAGAAGUACAAAUGGUAACAAGUCUGAGGCAUCAGCCCACAUCUAUUUUGUUAUGACAGAAAAGGAAAGUGACAAAAUGUGGAGGAGAUGUGAGAAGAUGAAAAAGGAAAACUUUUGGGGUUGUUGUGAACUAAUUCAACCAUUCUGCAGAAGGCAAUUUGAAACUGCAUCCACAAGGCAUUAAAAAACAAAAAGGAAAUAUAUAUACACACACACACAAGCACACACACACACACACACAUAUAUUAAGAAUGGAAAGAUGCUCUUAUUGGGGUUAGGAAAAUAUUGGAAAUUAAGAGGAAACUCAUGCAUUGGGAAAUGGCUGAGCAAAUGUUGGCUUCUGAUUGUAAUGGAAUCCUAUUAUUUCAUCAUUAACGAGGAGAAGGAGCUUAGAGAGACCUGGAAAGAAUUGAGAACUGAUGUAGACUUUUUAAUUAAUAUAUGCAAAAUUAUUCAUUUUACAUUUUUUAAUGUUCCCUAUCUCUUGUUUGUUCUUAAAUUUCCUUCCUUUCCCAUAGAUCUGACAGGUACACUAUAUCAUGUUCCUCUAAUUUGCUGAUAAUAUUACUCUUCAUGAUUAAGUCAUAUACCCAUUGUGAGCUUAUCUUGGUAUAAAUUGUGAAAAAUUAAUCUAAGCCUAAUUUUUCCUAUACUGUUUUCCAAUUUUCCCAGCAGUUUUUGUCAGAUAGUGAGUUCUUGUCCCCAUGAGUGGGAUGUUUGAGUUUAUCAAACAGUACCUUGCUGAGGUCAUUUACCCCUAGUCUAUUCCAUUGGUCCACCCUCCUGUCUCUUAGCCAGUACCAUAUUGUUUUGAUGAUCAGUGUUUUUUAGUACAAUUUAAGAUCUGGUACUGCUAAGCCCCUCUCCUUCACAUUUUUUCAUUAGUUCCUUUGAUAUUGAUUUUUUGUUCUUUCAGAUGAACUUUGUUAUAAGUUUUUCUAAUUCUUUAAAAAGCGAAUAAGCAAAUUAAUUUGGGUGGGAUUGUCAUUUUUCUUGUAUUAGCUCAUCCUACCCAUGAACAAUUAAUGUUUUUCCAAUUGUUUAGAUCUAGCUUUAUUUAUUUGACAAGUGUUUUGUAGUUGUGUUCAUAUAAUACCUGAGUUUGCAAAAAGAUUCUCAAAUAUUUCAUAUGGUCUAGAGUGAUUGUAAAUGGAGUUUCUCUAAGUUUUACUGCCGAUUUUUGUCCGAAAUUUAUAAAAAUGCUGGUCAUUUAUGUGGGGUUAUUCUUUGUUGUAUAAUUAGGAUUUGGUCCUCAGAACUCCAGAUCCCAGCUGAACACUUCUCAUGUUACGUCAUUACGUUUUGGUGAUAAAGUUUGCGUGUUACCCUGCCUCUCAAUCUUCUCCCUGUGAUUGCGGCUGAGGAUGUGGGCUUUAUGCCAGCCAGGAGAAUCUACAUAUAUAUGUUUACUUAUUGUAGGAUAAUUAGAUUUGAACUUCUAUUUCUUUUAGUUUAUUUUCUUUCUACUUCAAGUGAUUAUUAAUAAACUUUAUAAAAUAUA